CGGACCCAAGGUCUUCCAAUUGCAACGCGAUUAGUUACCAAAUAGGACAGACAGUCAUCAUGCAGCAUCCGCAUCCGGGUGACCAGCCCACCUACAUGCCAGACGUUCCCUUCCAACCACUGUGGGGCCAAGAGGCACCGCCGCCGCCGCCCAUAGUGCCUUACCAGGAGCUCAUCGCAGGCUUUCCCUGCACCGAUUUGUCCCUGUGGCAACGUUCACAGGUAGCUCCUUUGGUCCCGCAGCGUCCUUCCACCAAUGGCAGGGCCAAUGGCUCCUCCAGUUCCUCAAAGAAGACACGCCGUCGGGUGGCCUCGAUGGCCCAGAGGAGAGCCGCCAAUAUCCGCGAGCGCCGGCGGAUGUUCAACCUAAAUGAGGCCUUCGACAAGCUGCGACGGAAAGUUCCAACCUUUGCCUACGAGAAGCGACUCUCGCGCAUCGAAACCCUACGGCUGGCCAUCACCUAUAUAGGCUUCAUGGCGGAGCUGUUAAGUGGCACGCCCUCAAACUCCCACAAGUCCCGCUCGGAUGUCUACGGUGGAAUGAAUGGACACCAUCAGGCGGCACCGCCACCUAUCCAUCCGCAUCAUCUGCACCCGGCGGCGGCCUAUCAACGAGACUUUGCCUCGCCAUAUAACCACAGUUUGACAUAAAGAGGUUUUAAGGGAUCGUAUUUAUUAUCGAUUAUUAUAAUAUAGCCCUAAUUUGAGCUUUAAGGGGAUUGUUAGCUUAAAACAGCUUAACCGUUUGUUUUAUAAAAAUAAAUAAAAUAUUAUACACGCAAAAGUUCUAUUAGUGUAAUAUGUGAAUUCAGUGGUUUGAGACAAAGGAACAUAAAUAAUAA